GAAAGUGUGAGCGACUGUGACUAUCGGGCUUGCAAGCGACGUUGAGUUUUGUGUGGUGCCAGACAGAAAAGUUUCGCUGCUCCCGCUGAUCAUCCUAAUCAUUGAAUCAUCUGUUCAGCUAAUCUAAGCGUGCAACCAUUUUAAACGAAUCCCAAGAUACUGAAACACAAAUAAACUAAUCAACCGAAACGGGGAGGCUGGAAAGUUUUAAACUACUUACGUGUAUCAAAUCGAUCAACAACAACAAGAAUAUGUCACAUCAGUGCAGCUGUGGUCGGGAUCUGAACAACAAUUAUGUGUCGUACACAAGCGCAUACGCCAACAACGCCAAUGCGGGCCUGGAUCGGGACGCCAACGCCACGCUCUCCAGCGGAAAGUCCAGCACCACACAGCUGACGGCCAAAGUGAUGUUCGGCACAGUGGGUGCCAUCAAGGAACUGCGCGAGAAGGAGCAGACCCGGCAUGCGGCGACACGUGCGGGCGAACGACGCAAUUGAGACGCAACAGCUCCUUCCUGCGCAAGGGCGUGGCAGCAGCAGCAGCAACAACAACAACAACAGCAACCUGUGUCGUCUCUCUCUCUCUGCCGUGCAGGAUUUUCUCUUGUGCUCCAGCAGCCUGGACAGAGCAGCAGGUGCAGACGCAGAGGCGGGCUGGACUGCAGGCUGUACGACUCAUGUUAGAGGCUUCAAAAGUGUUUAGGGUGGGCGUUAAAUAGGCGUUUAAUGUUUUGCAUGUGUUAUGUGUUUGUGCGACAACAUCAACAACAAAAACCACAUUCCGUUAAAAGAACCAUUGAAGAAAAAACUUACAAGAAUAUGUCACGUGAAAUUGUUGAACACACACACACACACACAUAACGUAUACAGAGGGGCACAAACACUCACGCAUUCAGACAUUUGCGCUGUCGCCUCUUCACUUCUUCCCCCACUUCAUCAACACUUCCACCAUUCUCUUGCUUCAUUCUUAAUGCUGUAGACUAGACUUUAGACCAUAGGUGUGCAUGUCUGCUGCGCUUUCCCAUUUUCCGCACAAUUUUUCAUAGCGUGCAAAAAGUUAACAGUUGCCAGCUGCCAAUUAGAAGUUAGCGAGCGCAAAACUUUUUUGUCUUUUCCUUAAAUUCAAUUUGAAAUGCAAAUACACACACGCACACAUAGCUACUUAUAUUUUUGGGUAUCCAUUUCAAUCUUUAACUCUGUAUAACACUUUUUCAAUUACCCUCCUUCAACUCCUAUCUCAAGAUGUAAUCACAAGGGCUUUUGGUUGUUAAAAUGUAAGCAACUCCUAUGUGGAAAAUGUUUAUUUUUAUGAAUUUUGUAUACCCAUGUAAAUUGUUAAUCAUAUUUAUAUACAUAUAUAUAUAUAUAGUGCAAUACUUUAGCUGUACACACGCAGACACACACACACAUGCAGUUGCAUAGCUUUAAGUUUGUUUUAUUUUUAAGCGCGACUCAAACAUUUUACAGUUUUUUACAUGCUUUUGAGCUUUGCCUUUGUUUUUUCGGGUCUGUUUCUGCUUCUGGAGAUUUCCAGUGGCUGCAGCUCAAAAUGCAAAGCACGUAGCGUGAAUACGCACACACAGACGUACAUAUGUACAUACAUACAUUAACACUUAUACAUACAUACAUACAUACAAACAUAAGUGUAAAAAGUUUUGAUAACCAUAUUGUAUGCUUGUAGGCUAUUGUUCCUGUGACAAAAACUGCAACGCGAAACGGUUUCAUGUUUACACAAGUGAUUAUUUUUGUACUAAAAUGGAAACAAUCGCAACAAAACGAUACGAGAAGCUCAAACUGAAGCUGCAAAAGGCGAAUCAAUUGUUUCAACUAAUGACAAUGAACUUCUCCACACUCACAUACACAAACACACACACGCACUUUCUCGUUAAACUUAUUGCCAAGCUUUAGAUCUUAGCUUAAACUUUAAAACUCAAACAAAAACGUAACUACAAACUGAAAACUGAAAAACCUUCUUUAAUGCAUAUAUACAUACAUAGCGUAAGCCUAACAUACAUACAUACCUACAAUU